AUGGGCGCCGUCCUGCCGUACCGCGACAUCAACGUCCACUCCUCCUCCUCGCACUACGCCUUCUCCUCCCCCUCCUCGCCCACGGCACCCACGCUCGUCGUCGAGCGGCCCUCGGGCGACAUCCGCCUGCACGAUGGGAAGCUGCUGGGCUCCAAGCGUGUGUCGAGCGUCGCUGGCAUUCUCGGCAUCAUCAAGCUGCGACUAGACAAGUACAUCAUCGUCAUCACAAAGGCCCAGCCCAUGGGCCGCAUCAAGGGCCACAUGAUCUACAAGGUCGUCGCGACCGAAUUUCUGCCCCUGCGCGAGCGGCCCCUGCACGACCCCGACGAGGACAACUACCUAUCUCUGCUCAAGACGCUGAUCAAGACAUCGCCCUUGUUCUUCUCCUACUCGUUCGACAUCACAAACACCUUCCAGCGACAGGCCCACCUCGACCCCUCGCUCCCCCUCUGGAAGCGCGCAGACGACCGUUUCUUCUGGAACCGCUUCGUAUCCAGCGACCUGAUCGACUUCCGCGGAGGACUGAGCACCGGCUAUGGGCGCCACUCGAGUGGCCAGUCGCCCGACGUCGACCCUUACAUUCUGCCCGUCAUGUACGGCAUGAUGGAGAUCAAGAACACGUCGAUCAAGGGCACCCCGCUCACCUUCAUCCUCAUCACACGCAGGUCUCGACUCAAGGCAGGAACACGAUACUUCUCGCGUGGCAUCGACGAGAACGGCAACGUGUCCAACUUCAACGAGACGGAACAGGCCAUCAUCCUCAACGACAAUGCCUCGGGCGGCCCAGGAGGCUUUGGCUCCAACCAGAACGGCGCAACCGGCGCACAGACUGGCAAAGAGACCCAAGUCCUCGCAUACGUCCAGACGCGAGGCAGUGUGCCUGUGUACUGGGCCGAGAUCAACACCCUCAAGUACACGCCCAAGCUGCAGGUGCGCGCCGUCGAGAACGCGGUUCCUGCUGCCAAGAAGCAUUUCGCAGAGCAGAUACGUCUGUACGGAGACAACUGGCUCGUCAACCUGGUCAACCAGAAAGGCCGCGAGCAGCGGGUCAAGGAGGCAUACGAGGAGAUGGUCAACCACCUGCUCACAGCACCCAACGAGAACGUCGAGGGCGACAAGAUCACCGAGGAGAAGUUCCACAUUGUCGAGCCUGCCAAUGCACAGACCGUCUGGGACCGCAUCCACUACGUCUACUUUGACUUCCACACCGAGACCAAGGGCCUGCGCUGGGAUCGAGCCAAGCUGCUCAUGGACCAGUUGGAGCCACAUGUGUUGAAGCAUGGCUACUUCAGGGCUGUCGACAUGCCUGGGGACGGAAGCCGCGUCGAAGUCAGGCGCCACCAGACUGCUGUCGUCCGCACCAACUGCAUGGACUGCUUGGAUCGUACCAACGUUGUGCAGAGCAUGAUUGGGCGAUUCAUCCUGUCGCGCAUGCUCAUCGACAUUGGCUUGAUGCACGAGGGCGAGAGUGCAGAAGAGGACAAGGCGUUUGAGUUCUUGUUCCGCAACGUCUGGGCCGACAACGCAGACGUCGUUUCCAAGUCGUACUCCGGUACGGGCGCGCUGAAGACCGACUUCACCCGUCUCGGCGUGCGCACCAAGGGUGGUGCCCUUCAAGACCUCAACAACUCCAUCACACGAUACUGCCUCAACAACUUCAGCGACGGGCCGAGACAGGACGCUUUCGAUCUGUUCCUCGGCAACCAUCUGCCCAGCGACUCUGGCAUUGGCGACCAGCUGCUGUUCGCCGACCGAAGACCGCUCUUUAUUCAAUCGAUACCUUACCUUCUAGCUGCGAGCAUCUUCCUCAUCUUCGUAGGCAGCUUCACCAGACGGGCACCCGACGCCGCCGUCUGGCCGCUACGACUGCUUCUCGUUCUCAGCCUGGCCACGGCAGGCGCCUGCCUGAACUUCAUGUGGACCAACGGCACCCUCUAUGUCAACUGGCCGAAGCUCAACCGCUUACCGCACCAAGUGGAAGCCUACCAAUCCAGCCUUGCCAAAGUCUCGCACAAUCCCGUCGUUGGCUCUCUGGUCGGCACCAAGCACGAGCGUGGCAAGAGCGACGCACGGCUGCUGGGCUUGGAAGAAGGCAAGAAACGCGUCGAAUAG